AUGGCAAGCGGUGUCAAAUUUCAUCCAUGCUUCCUUCUAUCAUAUUAUCUUAUAGGUGUUUUGGUUACAGCUCAUAAUGUCCCCCAAGCACAAUUAAUACCAUACUACGGUCAGCAUCUCAUGAAGGCCUCAAUUGGCACUCCACCAGUAGACAUCUAUGGCAUUAUCGAUACAGCUAGUGACCUUGUGUGGACACAAUGUGUACCUUGUGAUGUCUGCUUUAACCAGAUUCAUCCUAAGUUCGAACCUAAAAGGUCCAGCACAUACAGUGAAAUUUCUUGUCAUUCAAAUAAAUGUCAAGAAUGGGACCAAGUCCAUUGUUCCCCUCAAAAUAGUUGCAAUUACGUCAGUGGAUAUGCAAGUGGUUUAUCCAAAGGUGUUUUGGCCAAAGAAAAAAUCACCAUCACUUCUACCUCUGGGCAAGCAGUUUCCUUUGAUAUUGCUUUCGGAUGUGCACACAACAAUACCAUAAAUUACAAUGACCACACAACGGGACUUAUUGCGUUAGGAUUAGGGCCUUUGUCCUUUCCUUCACAAAUUGGUAGCAAGAGGUUUUCUUAUUGCUUGUUGCCAUAUGGUACUGAAUAUACUGAUCCUAGUAUUACAGGCAAGAUAAGUUUUGGCAAUGGUAGUGAAGUUGUGGGUGAUGGUGUGGUUUCAACACCAUUUGUAGCUAUGGGAAAUCAAUAUUAUGUGACACUAGAAGGAAUUAGUGUUGGAGACACAUAUGUGCCCUUUAACUCUUCAGGUAAGGUUUCUAAGGGCAACGUUUGUAUCGAUUCAGGAUCACCACCAUUGACUUUGCCACCAUAUUUUUAUAAUCGCUUAGAGGUGGAAGUGAAGAAGCAGAUUUCAAUUGAUCCCAUUAAAAAUGAAACUCUAACAGGGACACGGCUUUGCUAUAGAACUGAAAUUACUAACGAAAAUGGACCAAAAUUGACUGUCCAUUUUGAAGGUGCAGAUGUGGAGUUAAAGCCUACACUAAUUUUCAAUCGACCGGUUCAUGCAUAUGAUAUUUACUGCUUUGCAAUUACUAAUACUGCAAAUACUGCAUUGGCAUAUUUUGGUGACAAAGGAUUAUAUGGCAACUAUGUUCAAGCAAAUUUGUUGAUUGGGUUUGACUUGGAAACAAGGAUGGUCUCGUUCAAGCCGACUGAUUGCACUAAACUGUAG